AUGCCGCAGCGGCACUCGAAGAACAACAACGACCUCGCCUUCUUCACCUACGAGGAGAAGCGGAAGCUCGGGUACGGCACCCAGCGGGAGCGGCUCGGCAAGGACUCCAUCAAGCCCUUCGAUGCCUGCUGCCUCUGCCUCAAGCCGCUCAUCGACCCGCUCGCCUGCCCCAAGGGCCACACCUUCUGCAAGGAGUGCAUCCUCGAGUGCCUCCUCGCGCAGAAGAAGGACAUCAAGCGCAAGCUUAUAGCUCAUGACUCCCAGAAAAAGCAAGAGAAGGAAGAGGAGGAGGAGAAGCUGGUGCUGCAAAAGUCCAAGGAAUUGGAUGCUUUUGAUCAGCAGAAUCAUGGAGCAGUCCCCCAGUACUAUGAUCGCAGCGGUUCCCAAGACAAGAAUGGUUUUCAUGGAGCCAACAGUGUGAAGACUACCUCCUUCGAAGAGGAAGCCCUACGCACCAUGAAGGCGUUCUGGCUUCCGUCAGCUACACCCGAAGCUACUGUCAAGGUAGAUGCUCCUUCUACUGACACAAUCUGUCCCGAGGGGCAGGAGAAGCUCAAGCUGAAAUCACUCUUCCCUAUUUCUUUCACCGAGGAGAACGCUCGUCAGAAGAGCAAUAAGUCAGUGGAGAAAAGCUACAUCUGCCCCAGCUGCAAGUCCAAUCUCACAAACACAAUGUCCCUGGUGGCGAUCAGCACCUGUGGCCAUGUCUUCUGCAAGAAGUGCUCGGACAAGUUCAUAGCAACAGAUAAGGUCUGCUUAAUGUGCAGCAAACCGUGCAAAGAGAGGAAUUUGAUUAAUUUAGAGAAAGGAGGAACGGGUUUCGCUGCACACGAUGACCACCUAGAGGCAAAGAACUUCAAGCAUUUAGGGAGUGGUUCUGGACUAGGAUUGGUGAAGCCUGCUCCUAAGGCAUAG